AUGGAGAACAGAAAGAAGAGAGAACCAGGAGAACCAAGAGAACCGGGAGAGCCGGGAGAACCAGGAGAACCAAGAGAACCAAGAGAACCAGGAGAGCCGGGAGAACCAGGAGAACCAGGAGAACCAGGAGAGCCAGGAGAGCCGGGAGAACCGGGAGAGCCGGGAGAGCCGGGAGAGCCGGGAGAACCAGGAGAACCAGGAGAGCCAGGAGAACCAGGAGAACCAGGAGAGCCAGGAGAGCCGGGAGAGCCGGGAGAACCGGGAGAACCAGGAGAGCCAGGAGAGCCAGGAGAACCAGGAGAACCAGGAGAACCAAGAGAAGAGCCGGGAGAACCAGGAGAACCAGGAGAACCAAGAGAACCAGGAGAGCCGGGAGAACCAGGAGAACCAGGAGAACCAGGAGAGCCAGGAGAUCCAGGAGAGCCAGGAGAGCCAGGAGAGCCGGGAGAACCAGGAGAGCCAGGAGAACCAGAAGAGCCAGGAGAACCAGGAGAACCAGGAGAGCCAGGAGAACCAGGAGAAUCAGGAGAACCAGGAGAGCCAGGAGAACCAGGAGAGCCAGGAGAACCAGGAGAACCAGGAGAGCCAGGAGAACCAGGAGAUCCAGGAGAGCCAGGAGAACCAGGAGAGCCAGGAGAACCAGGAGAGCCGGGAGAACCAGGAGAACCAGGAGAACCAGGAGAGCCGGGAGAACCAGGAGAACCAGGAGAACCAGGAGAACCAGGAGAACCAGGAGAACCAGGAGAGCCAGGAGAACCAGGAGAGCCGGGAGAACCAGGAGAACCAGGAGAGCCAGGAGAGCCAGGAGAACCAGGAGAACCAAGAGAGCCAGGAGAACCAGGAGAGCCAGGAGAACCAGGAGAACCAGGAGAACCAGGAGAACCAGGAGAGCCGGGAGAACCAGGAGAACCAGGAGAACCAGGAGAGCCGGGAGAACCAGGAGAGCCAGGAGAACCAGGAGAACCAGGAGAACCAGGAGAGCCAGGAGAACCAGGAGAACCAGGAGAAGCAGGAGAACCAGGAGAACCAAGAGAACCGGGAGAGCCGGGAGAACCAGGAGAACCAGGAGAGCCAGGAGAGCCAGGAGAGCCAGGAGAGCCAGGAGAACCAGGAGAGCCAGGAGAACCAGGAGAGCCAGGAGAGCCAGGAGAGCCGGGAGAACCAGGAGAACCAGGAGAACCAGGAGAACCAGGAGAGCCAGGAGAACCAGGAGAACCAGGAGAGCCAGGAGAACCAGGAGACUCCACUGCUGACAUUAAGGCAAAAACAGCAGACUGGAGUUUAACUAAACGUAUGUGA